CGCAAAAUAACAAUAUUUAUCCAAGGUGACGUACAGUGGUUCCUUCCUUUCCAUGCAUCGUACAUUGACGGUUUACGGCUGGCUGCUGUGCUUUUGGCAGCCAGAUCUUCGGUGCAGCGCGUGCACCAGGCAAACGACCGCGGUUGCGAACUCUGACCAUUGGCGGAUUCCUACAUCCUUUACAGGUACAUCACAAUAGGUAAUGCAUUUCACAUGAUUGAGCGCGCAUUGGAGAAUAUGGAAGACAACAUGGUCACGCUGCCGUUUCCACCGACUGCGACAACGUCGGCGUCACCGUCAGCCAGCGUGGUACGACCGCGUCGGGGGGAAACUGUGACAUUCAGAUGUCCCCUUCCCGUGGGCGGGCACUCCGCCCGCAUCAGCUGGACCGUCCAAGGCCGCACCGUCUUCGAACGCGGCCAGCCCUUGGCGCCCCAUCCGCACUACGAGUUCGCGCAGUUGGACGACGGGACCGCGGUGCUCCGUAUCCGUAACGUUUCCCUACAGUUCUGCGGUGAGGUCAUCUGCCUCUUGGAUGCGGCGGCCAGGACGACCGUGCUGCGGCGCUUCACCCUGAUUCCCCGCGCCACACGGGUCGCUGAGGUCUUCGCGGAAAGUCUGCCGCGAAACCAGGAGGCGGUCACCGGGGCACCUUCAACAUAAGUUGCCGGGUGAGGCUGCCACUGGCUCCGGAGGUCGCGGAGAACGUGCGGCACCAUUACAUGUGGCGGCACCAGGGUCAGCUGCUGAAUGCGCCGGCUGAAGAGCCCUACACUUCGCAUCUGCCGACGUGGUGGACGGGAAAUGCGACGGACCCGCCCCGUACCGUGGGCGGCGCUGUGGUACGCGACAUCUCAAACCGGCCCAUUGCCAACGUACCGCGCAAUUCGUCCUACGCGGCGCGUCUAUUCCCUACCUCCGCUAGCGACUCAGGCAUCACGGACAACACGCGGGACGGCGUCUUUUCAUUCCACUUGAAUUCCACCUACGUUGACCAGAGCGAUAUCGGCUGGGUGGAGUGCUGGUUCCGGCCGCAUCGACACCUCCACGAAUGGAUCGUCCAGUCGACCUAUUUGAAUGUCGAUCCAUAGCUCAGGCUGCUCUGGUGGCGGCCAAUAAUGGAGCCAAUGGCCAACACGCGAUAUGACUACGCAGUAUAAUAUAGAGUAAUUACGACAACAACUAUCUAUAGUAAAAAUUUGUAUAUAUCUACAUUACAACUAUUGGAUAAAUUAAUGGUAAU